CAAAAUUGGUUGGUGGAUAUAGAUGUCAAUUUUCUUGGGUGUCCAUUUAUAUCGAAAGUUAUAUGAAAAUGAUGGAUUGUUAUUAUAUUUGUAAACUAUUUUAAGUCUUGACUUUGAAGCAGCUGAAAUUUUGGCUGCAAAAGGAUUUUUUUUACGAAAUAUGAUCAAUAAAAGGAGUUAAUUAAUUUCACAUGGAAACUCAAAGGAGAGUGUCACUAUAAAGAAGAAGACUAUUUGAUGAUGAUAACAAGCAAGGGUUAGGUUAUCUUAUUUUUAACAACUCAAAGUAUAUUUGAUAUUCAAAUCUAUGUAAAAUAAUUUAAUAAUUUUUAUUUGUGGUUUGAGACAGACACUGCCCCAUUUCUUAAAAUGAUUUGCAACUGAUCAUAGUAAUAGUCGACAGAAACUACUUUUCAUCGACAAGUGCGUGAAUGUUUGGGGAAACAAACAAAACAGCGUUUGUUGUGCAAAUGCUUCCUUUACGUGGUUGAACUCAAGCCACAAAUGUCACAAACAUACAUGGGACUAGUGUCCUUACGUGCAUUUGUUAGAGUACGAUUUCAACUUACAAAUUGUAUUCGUUGACACUUUCUAAUAUAGACCAAACAUAGAGUAGGAAAUGUUGAACCACAUAUAAAUAGAGAGCCAUUGGCACAAACGACUUACGUUCUACACACAUUCAACUCAUAUUUUCAAAUACUCAAAUAAUGAUAAUUAUUCACUAAAAUCAAGAACUGAGACUCUUCAAUACACGUCUAACUUGGAUGUUGGAGUGCCUUUUGCGGGUACCCCCCCCUCUCCAUCAGGAAGGCGACUGUGCUGUCAAAGUCUGAAGAUCACAAAGCGGUCAAAGGUUGAAGAUCACCGAACGGUCAAGAUUGUAAACGAUUGAGCGGCCCAGGCAAAAAAAAGAUUAUCGGAGAACCCAGUUCAAACAUUGAAAAACGAUAGAACCACGUCAAAAUAGAGAAAUAUAUCGAGAAGGGUAGUGUAGUGUAGCAGAUCUGCAUUAAAUUGUGUUGUCGUAAAAUGGCUUCUUUUGUUCCAUAUCAUUCACCUGCUCCUGGUGAUUAUGAAACUAAACCUAACUCAUCAAGAGUUGAAGCCACUGCACUGGAAAUAGAAGAAGAAUGGAGUGUUCCUAAAGCAAAAGGAGAAAGUUCAGGUUGGAGAGAAGAGGAAGGUAUGAGCUUGACAUGGAAAAAAGUAUGGGUGACUGCUUCUAUGGGAAACAAUGGAAGCAAAUCAAUUCUGCAGGGUUUAACUGGUUAUGCCAAGCCUGGGCAACUUUUGGCCAUAAUGGGUCCUUCUGGUUCUGGAAAAUUAGGUUCCGACACAAGGCAAACUGGGGAGAUUCUUAUCAAUGGGAAGAAACAAGCCCUGGCAUAUGGAACAUCAGCAUAUGUGACACAAGAUGAUACCUUGAUGACAACCUUAACGGUUGGAGAAGCUGUGCACUAUUCAGCUCAACUUCAGUUACCUGACAGCAUGUCGAAUCAAGAGAAGAAAGAGAGAGCAGAUUUUACAAUCAGAGAAAUGGGUCUUCAAGAUGCCAUUAACACAAGAAUUGGAGGAUGGGGUGUUAAAGGGAUUAGUGGUGGUCAGAAAAGGAGAGUUAGCAUCUGCAUUGAGAUUCUUACACGACCAAGGCUACUUUUCCUUGAUGAACCAACUAGUGGACUUGAUAGUGCAGCUUCCUAUUAUGUCAUGAAAAGAAUCGCUACAUUUGAUAAAAGAGAUGACGUUCGCCGAACUAUUAUUGCCUCAAUCCACCAACCUAGUACUGAAGUUUUUCAACUUUUCGACAACCUUUGUCUUCUAUCUUCAGGCAGAACUGUCUACUUUGGACCUGCUUCUGCUGCAAGUGCGUUUUUCGCUUCAAAUGGUUUUCCUUGUCCUUCUCUCAUGAAUCCAUCAGAUCAUAUGCUGAAAACCAUAAACAAGGAUUUCGAACAGGACACUGAGUUAGGAGGGAAGGAUACAAUACACACUGAAGAAGUGAUUGAGAUCCUUGUAAAUUCGUACAAGUCAUCUGAAAUGAACCGAGAAGUUGAGAAAGAAGUAGCAGAACUAAUUGAAAAGGACACCAGUUCAACAAACAAGAAGAGAAAGCAUGCUGGCUUUAUUAGUCAGUGCUUUUCUCUUACCAAACGAUCAUCUGUUAACAUGUAUCGUGAUCUCGGCUAUUAUUGGCUACGCCUUGCCAUAUAUGUUGCAUUGGCUAUAAGUUUAGCCACUAUUUUCUAUGAUUUAGGUACAAGCCACCGCUCAAUUCAGGAUAGAGGUUCAUUUCUUAUGUUUGUAUCUUCAUUCAUCACUUUCAUGACCAUUGGCGGAUUCCCUUCUUUUGUGGAGGAUAUGAAGGUGUUUGAACGUGAGAGACUAAAUGGACAUUACAGUGUGACUGCAUAUGUGAUUGGGAACACCUUUUCAUCAAUCCCAUUCUUGUUGUUGGUUUCCCUGAUUCCUGGAUCUAUAGCCUAUUACCUUCCUGGUCUUCAAAAAGGCUUUGAACACUUUGUAUACUUCAUCUGUUGUCUCUUUUCUUGUCUGAUGUUGGUAGAGAGUCUUAUGAUGAUAGUUGCAAGCAUUGUCCCGAACUUUCUAAUGGGCAUCAUAACCGGUGCUGGAAUUCAGGGAAUGAUGAUUCUGAGUGGUGGGUUCUUCAGAUUGCCAAGUGAUCUUCCAAAGCCAUUUUGGAAAUACCCAAUGUUCUAUUUUGCCUUCCAUAGAUAUGCGUACCAAGGACUGUUCAAAAACGAGUUUGAAGGACUAAGAUUCGCUUCAGAUAAUGUCGAAGGUGGCUCCUACGUUACUGGUGAAGAAAUUCUAACAAACACAUGGCAAGUAAACAUGAGUUACUCCAAGUGGGUUGAUCUUGGAAUCUUGCUGGGGAUGAUUUUUCUGUAUCGAGUUCUCUUCUUGGUUAACAUCAAAACUACUGAGAAGCUGAAACCGAUCAUUGUAUCAUUCUUGUCGUCAAGAACCUCUACCAAGCGAACAACGUCGAUCAUGCAGAAUCCUAAUGCCACUCCUCUUCAAGAAGUUCAAGUUACUUAAAGUUAAUGAACCAGGUUCAAGAUUUGGAUGAAAAAUCAUUUAUUUGUUGAAAUAAACUUAAAUUUCGGGUUUUGUUUGCACUUACGUUUAAAUUUUAUUUUUUAUUUUUUAUUUUA